CCUGUGAAGACACAUGGUGGCGCUGCAGGAUAACGUUACAGAAAAAAGGGAAUUACAUUAAAUGCCGCAGACACAGCCCAAGUGAGCACAGAAAACUAGAAAGAAAAAGAAGCCAGGAGGCUGAUACGUAGAAACCUCUUAUCUUCGGAUUCUGUGGACAAACCAAGGGGCACGUUUUGCAGAAGUGUGUGGUGGAGCAGAAGUGAUUCUGCCAGAAGCCUUCUGGAAAGGAACUAUGGAGAGCCAAGGGGGACUCUAUCUGCUGACAAGGCAAGUCCUGCUUCUCUUUGUUUUCCUAGGAAUGUCUCAAGCACACUCUGAGGCUGGGAGACUUUCAGUGGUGGAGGAAAUGCUGAGUGGGGCCUUGGUAGGGAAUUUGGUAAAGGACCUGGGACUCCAGGUGGGUGAGCUGUCUGCACGAGAGGCUCAAGUGGCCUCUAGUGAUAAUAAACUGCCUUUGCAAUUGAACAUAAAUACAGGAGAUUUGCUCCUAAGUGAACCGCUGGACCGUGAGGAGCUGUGUGGCUCCACUGAGCCCUGUGUGCUCCAUUUCCAGGUGUUACUGAAAAACCCCUUAAAGAUUUUGCAAGUUGAGCUUCAGGUCAUGGAUGUAAAUGACAACUCCCCCAUAUUUUUGGAAAAGGAAAUGGUUUUAGAAAUCCCAGAGAACAGCCCUGUUGGUGCUGUGUUCUUGCUAGAAAGUGCGGUCGAUUUAGAUGUAGGAAUCAAUGCUGUUAAAAGCUACGUGAUAAGCCAGAACUCUCAUUUCCACAUUACAAUGAGAGUUAAUCCUGAUGGCAGGAAAUACCCAGAGCUAGUUUUGGACAAGGCGUUGGAUUAUGAGGAGCAGCACGAGCUCAGUCUCAUCCUCACUGCUUUGGAUGGAGGGACGCCACCCAGGUCUGGGACUGCAUUGGUUCGAGUGGAAGUCAUAGAUAUUAAUGACAACUCCCCCGAGUUUGAUCAAAUGUUCUAUGAAGUGAUGGUUCCAGAGAAUAGCAUGCUUGGCUCACUGCUUAUUACUGCCUCGGCUUGGGAUUUAGACUCGGGAAUUAAUGGUGAAGUAUCAUAUGCCUUUUCCCAUGCUUCAGAGGAUAUUCGAAAAACAUUUGCAGUUAAUAAACAUUCUGGAGAAAUAAGUUUAAGAGGCUAUUUGGACUUUGAAAGAACUGAAUCCUACUCGAUAAUCAUUAAAGCUACUGAUCAGGGAGGACUUUCUGGGAAAUCUACAGUAAGAAUUCAGGUGAUGGAUGUGAACGACAAUUUUCCUGAAAUCAUUGUGUCAUCGUUUAUCAGUCCAAUCCCAGAAAACACUGCAGAGACUUUAGUUAUGAUUUUUAGUACUCGAGACAAGGACUCGGGUGAGAAUGGCAAAAUGGUUUGUACUAUUCCGGAGGAUCUCCCGUUUGUGCUAAAAUCUUCUACUGAAAAUUACUACCACUUAGAAACGGAUGGAGCACUGGACAGAGAGAGCAUAGCUGAAUACAACAUCACCAUCUCUGUCACGGACCUGGGCACACCCAGGCUCACAACCCAGCACACCAUAACAGUGCAGGUGUCCGAUAUCAAUGACAAUGCCCCUGCCUUCACUCAAACCUCCUACACCAUGUUUGUCCAUGAGAAUAACAGCCCUGCAUUGCACAUAGGCACCAUCAGCGCCACAGACUUUGACUCUGGCUCCAAUGCCCAUAUCACCUACUCGCUGUUGUCAGCUCAGGACCUACAAAUGGCCCUCACCUCGCUCGUCUCCAUUAACGCUGACAAUGGGCAGCUGUUCGCGCUCAGAGCAUUAGACUAUGAGGCCCUGCAGGCCUUCGAGUUCGACGUGAGUGCCACAGACCAAGGCUCACCCGCACUCAGCAGCCAGGCCCUGGUGCGCGUGGUGGUACUGGACGACAACGACAAUGCGCCCUUCGUGCUCUACCCGAUGCAGAACGCCUCUGCGCCCUGCACGGAGCUGCUGCCUAGGGCGGCGGAGCCUGGCUACCUGGUCACCAAGGUGGUAGCUGUGGAUCGCGACUCUGGCCAGAAUGCCUGGCUGUCAUUCCAGCUGCUCAAGGCCACGGAGCCCGGGUUGUUCAGCGUGUGGGCUCACAAUGGCGAGGUGCGCACCACCAGGAUGCUGAGCGAGCGCGAUGUGCCCAAGCACAGGCUGCUGCUGCUUGUCAAGGACAAUGGCGAUCCUCCGCGCUCUGCCAGCGUCACGCUGCACGUGCUAGUGGUGGAUGGCUUCUCUCAGCCCUUCCUGUCUCUGCCAGAGGUGGCGCGCAAUCCCGUGCACGAAGAGGACGCUCUAACACUGUACCUGGUUAUUGCCUUGGCAUCUGUGUCUUCUCUCUUCCUCCUGUCUGUGCUGCUGUUUGUUGGGGUGAGGCUGUGCAGGAGGGCCAGGGCGGCCUCUCUGGGUGGCUGUUCUGUGCCUGAGGGACACUUUCCUGAUCAUCUCGUGGACAUUAGUCCCCCUACUUCUGCCUUUCAAGUGUUGGCAUUGAAGUUUGGGCUACUGCACCUUACUGUGUUUAUAAUGUAA